GCCACCAUCUCUCAAUUCCCACCCUGUAUGGUUCAAUUUACCCUACUCCAGUCAGGUAUCCUCGCUUGCGCACAAACGCUUUGACUACUCCAAAAGAGCUUCGUCAGGUCGUUUCCUGUUACCGUCAAAAUGAAGUUUGGCAAGCAUAUUCAGAAGCGGCAGCUUGAUAUACCGGAAUAUGCGGCCAGCUUCGUCGACUACAAGGCCCUGAAAAAGCUUAUAAAAAAGCUAAGUGCGACUCCGGUCAUUCCCCCGCAAGGCGAAGGCAGUCAUGGAGCCGAAGCACUGGAUCCUCAGACUUCUCUGCAGGCCAACAAGGCAACCUUCUUCUUCCGAGUGGAACGAGAGCUUGAGAAGGUCAAUACUUUUUACUUGCAGAAGGAGGCUGAGCUACGUCUUCGUUUGACAACUCUACUAGACAAGAAGAGAGUAAUGCAACAACACCCUCAAUCCGUGUCAAAGGUAUCAUCGAGGUACAUCGCGCUCGAAGAAGGCCUAAAACAAUUUAGCGUGGACCUGAACAAGCUUCAACAAUUCGUAGAAGUUAAUGCCACUGCAUUCUCUAAAAUUCUGAAGAAGUGGGACAAAACGUCAAAGGUUAGAUAUCAUAUUAUACGCACACUUCAACACUGGCUGACUUCCAUGCCAGUCAAGAGAGAAGCAACUUUACCUCUCUCGAGCCGUUGAGGUUCAGCCUUGUUUUAAUCGCGAUGUAAUCAGUAGUCUGUCCGACCAGGCAACGCAAGCCCUUCUCGACUUCUCCGGAUGGGCUGAAGGCGACAAAAUACCUCGAGCUCGACAACCAGAUCGUGCAAGCCAUCAACACGGCGAACACGGGCCAAAUUGAGGAGUGUUUGUUGCGCCUGUCGCAGCUGAGUGGCGCCCAAGAACGGAUAUCGCGAGCUU